UUUCAACCAAAAACUAACGAAAAAUGUGCGAGCACUACUUUUUAAAAUUUAAAUUUGAAUAAACUUUAAAAAAUCAAAAACAAAUCUGUAGUAUUUAAUUCCAGGAGAACGAUUCCGGCAAUAAUUAGGAAGUUUGCAGUAGUAUGUUCCCAAGUAACGAUGUCAUCGCGGCGACACGGCGACCCACACUCCACACCCGUGAGAACGCUGAUCCGCGUUGCGGGGUUCCUGGUUAAAUGGUGCGUACUCUACACUGUCAGUCGUAUUCUCUGCUGGAACUAUAUUCUGCCUGGAUUCCUCGUACUCCUCACUGAAAUGCACAGUCUGCACCGGGCGUGUCGUCGCGCCAUUUACAAACUAGAUACCACCAUCACCGAUCCCAUCCAGGUGCAGAUCCGCGAGUGCACCAGUACCGACCCGUGGGGCCCGACCGCCGCCCAGAUGGCGGAGAUCGCCGAAGCGGCCGCCACGCGCUCCCCGUUAAUUUUGUCUGAGAUCUGGUUCCGUUUGGACGAGGACAACUGGAAGCACGUGUAUAAAGCUUUAGUCCUGUUGGACUACCUGAUCAAACACGGCCCGGAGAGUGUGGCCAAGCAGUGCUGGAUGAACGUGGACCGGUUGCGGGAGCUGCGCAGCUAUCCCUUCGUGGAGGCCGACGGGAACCCGGCGCGCCGUAUUCGCGAAAAGGCCGGCCAGGUCCUGGGUCUGAUGGCCGACGCGGGGCGGUUGACGGUGGAGCGGGAGAAGGCCCGCCGCAUCCGGGAGCGGGUUCAGUACAAGGAUCGCGAGUUUCACGAGUUCUUCCACGGAAUCCCGCCUGACCUUUCUAAUCCGCAGAUAAAGGGGACGGUGUGCGAAGCGGCCACCGGCGACGCGUGCUGUAGUGUCCUGCAGCCGCGCAGCGAAGAGGAAGAAGCGCUGCACUUGCAGCUCGCUCUGACCGCCAGCCAGAAAGACGCCGAACUGCGACAUACCGAACAGCACCUUCCCGGCUCUCCCGUUCCGCUAUCCCCGGAUUUAAUCGAUCUUUCGGCACACCAAGCACACGGCGAUCUGUGCACGCCCAGCGGCGAUGACAGCGACGGCGGCGCCUCCAAACGCCGAUUGAUCAUCCCACCGGCACAAUUUUUCUGCACGCUGGGUUUGGGCGAUUUGGUGACUGAGCAAAAGGUCUUCGAAACGAAUAAUGACGGGUUGGGAGGGCUUGAGGCGUGGCUUAAUUCACGGUGACCUGUUGCUGGUUAGAACUCUGCGUUAUUAAAAACUCUGCGUUAUUAAAAAUAAAAAUAGUUAAACGAAGGAAAAGUAUUGAUUAGCACAUGAUGACCUUUACUAAUCUAAAUUGGAGGAAUAGGGAAUAAUUAUUCCGCCGCGGGACAGUUUUUCUGCCUUCAGAGACUUGGUAAUUUUGUGGCUGAGUUGAAGGUUUUCAAAACGAACAACGACGGACUGGGUGGGCUAGCGGCGUGGCUAAAUUCAAGGUGACCUUUAUUAUUG